GAGGAAGUCGGCUUGGGGCCGUGUGGGGGCAGGGGCAGAGCGCGCGCCUGGGCCUGGAGGCAAGCUGCUCCGCGCGUCUGGAUAGGCUGCGAUCGCGGCUUCCCCGCCCACACCGACGUUCGGCGCACUCCGAUUGGCCGAUGUUGGCGCGAAGGUGCGCGAGUCGGCCCUCACGCAGGGGCAGCAGGAAACAAUAGAGGCCGCGCGCGCAGAAGGAGCGCUCGCAGCCUCCCCGCCCCUCUCGCAACGCUCUGCCCCAGGAUCCCCCCGGCUUGCCUGUACGCCAUGGCGGACAAGGAAGCAGCCUUUGAUGACGCAGUAGAAGAACGUGUGAUCAACGAAGAGUACAAAAUAUGGAAAAAGAACACCCCUUUUCUUUACGAUUUGGUGAUGACCCAUGCUCUGGAGUGGCCCAGCCUAACUGCACAGUGGCUUCCAGAUGUAACCAGACCAGAAGGAAAGGAUUUCAGUAUUCAUCGACUGGUUUUGGGGACACACACGUCGGAUGAACAAAACCACCUUGUGAUAGCCAGUGUGCAGCUCCCUAAUGAUGAUGCUCAGUUUGAUGCUUCACACUAUGACAGUGAAAAAGGAGAAUUUGGAGGUUUUGGCUCAGUUAGUGGAAAAAUUGAAAUAGAAAUCAAGAUCAACCAUGAAGGAGAAGUAAACAGGGCACGUUAUAUGCCCCAGAACCCUUGCAUCAUCGCAACAAAGACUCCAUCCAGUGAUGUUCUUGUCUUUGACUAUACAAAACACCCUUCUAAACCAGACCCUUCUGGAGAGUGCAACCCAGACUUGCGUCUCCGUGGACAUCAGAAGGAAGGCUAUGGCCUGUCUUGGAACCCAAAUCUCAGUGGGCACUUACUUAGUGCUUCAGAUGACCAUACUAUCUGCCUGUGGGACAUCAGUGCAGUUCCAAAAGAAGGAAAAGUGGUGGAUGCGAAGACCAUCUUUACAGGGCAUACGGCAGUAGUAGAAGAUGUCUCCUGGCAUCUGCUCCACGAAUCUCUGUUUGGGUCAGUUGCUGAUGAUCAGAAACUUAUGAUCUGGGAUACUCGUUCAAACAACACUUCUAAACCAAGCCACUCAGUUGAUGCUCACACUGCUGAAGUGAACUGCCUUUCUUUCAAUCCUUAUAGUGAGUUCAUUCUUGCCACAGGAUCAGCUGACAAGACUGUUGCCUUGUGGGAUCUGAGAAAUCUGAAACUUAAGUUGCAUUCCUUUGAAUCACAUAAGGAUGAGAUAUUCCAGGUUCAGUGGUCGCCUCACAAUGAGACUAUUUUGGCUUCUAGUGGUACUGACCGCAGACUGAAUGUCUGGGAUUUGAGUAAAAUUGGAGAGGAACAAUCCCCAGAAGAUGCAGAAGAUGGACCACCGGAGUUGUUGUUUAUUCAUGGUGGUCACACUGCCAAGAUAUCUGAUUUCUCCUGGAAUCCCAAUGAACCUUGGGUGAUUUGUUCUGUAUCAGAAGACAAUAUCAUGCAGGUGUGGCAAAUGGCGGAAAACAUUUAUAAUGAUGAAGACCCUGAAGGAAGUGUGGAUCCAGAGGGACAAGGGUCCUAGAUAAUGUCUGCACUUGUAAUUUUAAACUCCCCCUUUCUUCCUCUCAACCCUGAGAUUGAUUUAACACUGGUUUUGAGACACAGACUUUGUUUGGUUAUCCCUCUAUAAUAAGUUCCAACAGUGUUAUUAGUCCAAACGGAAGGUGUUUUCUAAAUAUUAACUGAGGGCUUCUUGAUUCAGCAAAGCCACAGACUUAUAUUUAAAUUUUCUUCAGGAAUUUUCUAGUAACAAAGGUCUAAAGUAGCCACAGAAAGGGGAAUGUUGUGUGUGGUUAUUUUUCUUCUUAUACUAUCUCCCCAAGUUUUUCAGACUCAAUUUAAGUAAACGUUAGAAUAAGAGAUAGAGCCAACUAAGGUAGGUGUCUGAGCCAUGAAGUAUAAAUACUGCAGGAUGUCAUUUUUAUUCAGGAAGUAGGGGAGAUUCUAGUCAUCAAUUCCUGCUCUAAAAUCUUCACACCUAACUUUCCAGGAUGCACAUUUUCUUAAAUAGACCAGUCUCCUCUCAGUUUCUUCAGUUAAGUCAAAACUACAUGUUCCUCUUUCCCCAUAUAUUUUUUGCUUGUUAGUGUGUUUCUUGAGCUGUUUUCAUAUUAUUUCUUUCCUUUCUGUGAAAUGGUUUUUUAAAAACUUGGGACCACCAAGUUGUAAAGAUGUAUGUUUUUACCGGACAGUUAUACCACAGGUAGACUGUCCAGUUAAGUUGAGAAGAGUGAAUUGAUAGCUUGUAUUUGUUUUUAAAAUUAAAUUAAUCCUGGAUAAGAGUUGCUUUUUUUUUUUUUUAGGGGUUAGUCCUUGACCACUAGUUUGAUACCAUCUCUAUUUUGGGUGACCUGUUUCACCAGCAGGCCUGUUAAUCUCCAUGACUAACUGUGUAAGUGCUUAUAAUGGAAUAAAUUGCUUUUCUACAUAA